AAAACAAAAAUAAAACUUAAACAUUCUGUCCAAAUAGUUUUGAACAACUAGGAAAUUAUCAGAUAACUUUUUAAAAAUAGUAAGUUAUAAGAAGAUAGAUUAAGUUACGAAAAAAGUUACGAAAGCAUUUUAGUUGGAGUGGCAUUUUAAUGUGCGGUUACCUACCACUCGAAACUAAACAUAAUAACAACAUUUGUAAUACGGUUUGGUUUUAUGCAACUUUCAGUUUGAAGUUAGUAAGAUAAAUUUUAGAUAUACUUUGAUAAAAAAAAAAUUUUAAAUAUACAAUUAGUUAGUCAUUAUAAUACUUAUGUAAAAUCAUUACAUCCAUUUUCAUUUUCUACAUUUAACUAAACUACUAAAAUUUCAGUAUCUUUGUUGAUUUAUUCGAGACAUAAUGGUUCUAAGAACUAAAAUAGAUUUCAGUUAAGUUUUCCGAACUAAGAUAAGACGCACAUUUGGUCGGUGUCGGCUUAAGCAUUUUCGUAUAUGUUUAUUUUUCUUAACUAUGCAUUGUAUAUUUAAAGUUUAAACCAUAUAGGUAAAGAGUUCAAAACAAAACUAGAAAAAAAAUAUCAAUAAAGAUCUAUAGUAAAUAACACAUUUAUUUUGUGUAUGAAUGAUUAAAGAUUUUUUCAAAUCAAAAAUCUAUUUUUUACUUCUCGAAUAGUUCUCAAAAGAAAUAAUCUUCAUAAUAAUUCAUUUUUUUUAUUAAUGCUUCAUACUGAAUUAACCAUGAUUGUCACUCUCUUUUUAUUGACCAUGAUUGUCACUCUCUUUUUAUUAUUCUAUUGAUAUCACCUAGUCAAAGAAAUCAUUGUAUGAAGCAGUUUAUUAACUAGAAUUUUAUAUUAUCUUUCGGAGUAAUUAUAGUUUUGACAAUAACUUCAUUACCAUCAAAUUAAGAAUCAUCAAUAAUUGAAUCCAGUAAUAAGAUCUGUUGUCAUCAUCUGCUUUAAGAUUUGUCAAUUACAUUUUUAAACAGUUCAACUGAACCGAAAUUUUCAUCUUUCCAAAUCAAUUAGAAAAAAAAUCCAAAAAAAUCAAUCAAGACUUACGAAAUUUAAAAUAAAUUGACAAUUAAAUAAAUUAAAAGAAUUGGAAAAAAAAUCAACAUACCAAUGUACGUUUAUAGAAACAAAAAAAAUCAACUGCCAUCGGUUUGAAGCAACAAAUUUCUUUUCCUUUUUCCUUUCUUGACAGUAAAAUAUUUUAGUCUAAAAAUUCGGUAUAUGGUAAAGUAGAAGGGCUUACUCUAGCCUACGAGUCAUGACUCAUGGCGACCAAAAACGGCCUAACCAAUAAAACCUGAUUUUGACCCAUUUCAAAAGUUAGCCUCAAGACAAGAAAACAAAAAAAAAGAUCUAUGCUCUUAAAUUCUUGACCAAGGAACGCUUGAGGUUGAUUUAAGAUUAGGCUCCACAUACAAAUUUUGUACAGCGUAUAAGCUCCAAAGCAUUAACAAUGACAUGAAAGCUUUUUCAUCUUUGGAUUCCGACACAUUUUUUGAGUGAUAUUGACACAUUUUUGUUGAAAUUAAAAUGUGUAUAAUGUUUUUAAAAUAAAUGUCCAAGAUUUUUGUUCAAAUGUGUAGGAAAAAAAGGAUUCAUUUGAUUAAAAAUUCCAGUUACCGGAAGCUGCAAUUUCAUAGUCGCUUCACAACCGACUUAUCUCUCCACUGCUGCUUGAUCUCUCAUUCAACAAAGAGUUAUUUCUUCACUCAUAUUUUUCAAGUGCUGCACAUAUUUAAUAGAAGUUGGGUGAAAGUUCCCAUUUGGAAGAUAAGUUGAUAUGAUGCAUUUGAGCUUUAUGUAUUGGCAGUUCUAUGGAAAUUUUUCUUGAUGAACAUCGGUUUUGUAAUGUAAAUGAAAGCUUUUGAUAGUGGCGUAUAAAACUCAGCGGCAGCACUAAAAAUAAAAGUUUACCGGCAUUAUUUUAACUGUUCCUCACGAUCUUUACAUAGCACGUUUUUCACAUAUAUUAUUUUCUUUAUUUUAUUAUACUUGUUUAAAAAAAUUGAUUGGACUAUAUAAAUUAUACUUAUUUCAAAUCAAGUCUUUUUGUCAUCAGUUCGAUAAAACACGAUCCAUAGCCAGCUCUACAAUCGGGAGAAACAUGACUUAAUGGAAUCGACCUCCGGUGGGAAGUCACAGAAAUGGACAUUUAACAAUUUGACUAGAAACACUUCCUCACUUUAGGGUUUAAAUCAAGUUAUAAAUAUAUAAAUUGUAAAUGAUAUAAACCGGAGCCAGUUCUCGUGUGUGUACCGCCACCUGGAUUCGAGUGCAGCCAUCUAAAAUGUUUUAAGUGAUAAGAAAACAUAGAUUUUACGGGCCUCAUGUGAUUAGUCAUUGAGCCUAAAAAACCUUUACAAUCACACCACAGUUGUAAAAAAAUAAAGUGAAAUUUUAUAUAUCGUCAUCUAUAUAGAUCUUGUGGAUUCUUUUCCUAAUAGAAGAGAAAUGGGCAUACAAAUAAUCAAAAGUCAUAAAAUUUAUUGAUGACCACGUACAAUGGUUUCAACACCUAUUUCAUUAUCAACAUUUUCUUUUUCACCUUUUAACAUUCAACAUCAUCUUCUUUUUUUUCCAUUUCAUUUAUUCAACACCUAUUUCAUCUCAACUCUCCUCUACAAUGGUUUUUGUUUUAAAAAUUUCAACACCAUAUCCCACUAUCUUUAAUUUAUAUAUUUAUCUUUUACAACAUAAUAAUUACAUACUAAUAAUUUGAUUGUAAUUAAAUACAAAACGAAACAUAAGAUAUAAGGAUUAUUAUUGAGAUCCAUUUAACAAAAAUAAGUUUAAAACACUAAAAAUAGUUGAUUAUAAUGAAAAUGACAUUUUUCUGUAUUCAAAUGAAAUGAGAGUAGUCUCUAUUUAUAGAUAAAUAUAAUUUUUAUAUAAUUUUGAUAUUUUUUAAAAAAAAUUAUUAUAUCAUAAAUGCUUUCAAAUUAUCAGGUGAGAAUAAAAAUCAAAAGAAAUAUGCUCAACUAAUAAAAUUUGUUUUGUUCAGUCUAAAGCGACAAGUGGCAGCACUGUGACAAAAAGAAAAGAUUUCAACAGUUGAACUUUACAACGGUUGUUGAAUUCACGUAGAUAUACAAUAUUUCAAUAUUUUCAUGAGGGGUUUCAAUCAACACUUCCAUUAUACAUAGUCUAAUAAAAGGUGUGAAAAUUAAAAACCCAAGGACCAAUCAGUCCUACGUGUCAUCAUACCAUUCGUUACUCAGAUCAAAAAAUAAAAUCUCCACGUCACCAGCUGCAUGCCCUCGUCGUGUCUCCCUUUACUCAACAAAACGUAUCCUUCAAUUUUCACCAACGUCGCCUAAAAUCUCUGAAACACACACAAAAUAACACACAGAGAGACAAAGAGAGAAUUGGUUUUCAGAUCGAAAAUGGGAAAAAGAAGAGGAGUCUCCGCAGUGAACGUGGUUUUCGGGUGGCUGAGAAAGCAAUCGAAGAAGGUUAAGAUAGCUUUAGGGGUCAUCCUCUCUCUGCUCCUCGUCGUGUUUCUUAAAUUCACCGUUAAGAAUUACAAUCACUUCUUUAUCGCCUCCGAGCUCAUCCAUGCAGCCGGAAUCAUAAUCCUCAUCUACAAACUCACCCGACAAAAGACUUGCUCCGGUCUUUCUUUAAAGUCUCAAGAAGUGACAGCAGUGUUUCUUGCGGUGAGACUGAUCUGCAGCAUAAACAUGGAAGGUGAUAUCCAUACAGUUCUCGAUUUCGCCACGUUGGUUUCGACGCUAUGGGUCAUUUAUAUGAUUCGGUUUACGCUGAAAGCAUCUUAUAUAAAGAGUCUUGACACCUGCCACAAUUACUAUGUGCUUGUUCCAUCUGCUAUUCUUGCGUUGAUUAUCCACCCGAAAACGAGUUAUAACUACAUACACAGUGUCAUGUGGGCUUUUUGCGUUUACUCUGAAUCAGUCUCUGUUCUGCCUCAGCUUCGAUUAAUGCAAAAUGCCCAAAUCAUAGAGCCUUUCACAGCUCAUUACGUGUUUGCACUGGGAAUCGCUAGAUUCUUAGCAUGCGCUCAUUGGCUUAUCCAGGUCUUUGAGACGCGUGGACGUUACCUAUGGCUGAUCGGCGCUGGUUACUUUUGGUUCCCGGUGGCUCUAGUAGCCGAGCUCAUUCAAACCUUCAUCCUUGCCGACUUCUGCUACUACUAUGUCAAAAGUGUUAUGGAGGGUCAGCUCGUACUGAAGAUGCCGGUUUAGAUCGGCACAGAUGAAUACAUUUUAAUGACUAUUUAUAUUGUGGGGGAGCCGAAGAUGAGUUCAGAUCGUUCACUAACCACCCGAAUCGUUUUUAGGCACCCUUUUUAUUCAUCAUUUUGUCCGAAUUGGACGGUAUUUAGAAUUACAACCAUUUUUUGUUUCAUAAAAAAAAAGAAUUCAACCAUUACUGUUUGAUAUUAAUAUUAAAAGCUUUGAUUAUAGGUUGCCACAGAAUUACGACAGCUCUGAACAAAAUACAAUUAUUCUAAAUCCCCUCAAAAAAAUAUAAAUAAACAGACAGAACAAACUAAGUUACAAAUAUCGUAGAAAAAAAUAAAAUGCUUAGUUCAGAGUCCGAAAUUGCAAGCCUG